AUGUCAGGAGGAAAGGGAAAAUCAGGAUCAAGCGAAAAAGCUUCAACCUCUAGAUCUUCAAAGGCUGGUUUGACUUUUCCAGUCGGAAGAGUCCAUAGAUUAUUGAGAAAGGGUAACUACGCUCAAAGAGUUGGUUCAGGUGCCCCAGUUUACUUGACCUCUGUUUUGGAAUAUUUGGCUGCCGAAAUCUUAGAAUUGGCUGGUAACGCAGCAAGAGAUAACAAGAAGUCCAGAAUUAUCCCAAGACAUCUUCAAUUGGCCAUUAGAAAUGAUGAGGAGUUAAACAAGUUGUUGGGUCAUGUGACAAUUGCUCAAGGUGGUGUUUUACCAAACAUUCACCAAAACUUAUUACCUAAGAAGUCCGGAAAGCCAGAAAAGAUUUCUCAAGAGUUGUAA